AUGGAGCAAAUGGGCUUUCCAGGGCAGACUACCCUCCUCUUCCUGAGUCUGGUGCUGCUUCUCUGGAGCCAGGUGCCAGGGGUCCAGGGCCAAGAGUUCCAGUUCGGACCCUGCCGAGUGGAGGGAGUAGUUCUCCAGGAACUGUGGGAGGCCUUCCGGGCCAUGAAGGACAUUGUGCAAGCUAAGGAUAACAUCACCAGUGUCCGGCUGCUUCGGAAGGAGGUUCUGCAGAACGUCUCGGACACCGAGAGCUGUUACCUCAUCCGUGCCCUGCUGAAGUUCUACCUGAAUACUGUUUUCAAAAACUCUCUGGAUAAGGCAGCUGACUCCAGGAUCCGGAAGUCAUUCUCUACUCUGGCCAACAACUUUUUUGUCAUCGCGUCAAAACUACAACCCAGUCAGGAAAAGGAGAUGUUUUCCACCAGUGAGAGUGCGCGCCGGCGGUUUCUGCUGUUCCAGAGAGCAUUUCAGCAGUUGGACAUACAAGCAGCCCAAACCAAAGCCUUUGGAGAAGUGGACAUUCUCUUGACCUGGAUGGAGAAAUUCUACCAGUUCUGA